AUGGCGCCUUUAGCUGUUGCCGAAGAGAGUGAGACCGCAGUUCCAGCUCCAUUCAACAAAAUCGGUGGUGCUCCCGUUCAGACGUACUUCCAACGCAUUCGCAAAGCCUGCGGCAUGUGGCCAUGGGAGCUCUUCGACGAGAAACGUCUCUCUCCCCAGUGGACUGUAUACUUGCUUCAAAAGUUGCACCAGGCUAUCAAGCUUGCGCAGUCAUCACCUAAGGUUUCACUCACGCUUGCCAUGAAACAUCUGGAAUCCAUUGUCGAGAAGGGAGGCCAGACUCGCUCCAAGAAGAAACAUGGGGAAACGACCGAGAAAGAAAGUCGAGACGAACCUAGCCGAACCUCUGCUCAGCUCAAAGAGUCAGAAAGCCGAGGAAACAAUGCCCAGAAACCUAGCGUCAGUCUUACGCGCAACGGAGACGGGGAUAGCGCCAAGAGUAGUGAUGCUACUAUGGUACGCGAUAAAAUCGUCGUCGCGCCUUCACCAAGCCCGCCACCUCAGCCCAGAGUCUGCCAGAAUCAUAUUCGCGACGUUGCAAACACACCUUUAAUUGACCUGACCAAAUCUCCCUCUCCCGAACCACUCGGUGGUGAGCUAACCGAGACCCGACCAAGAGAAGAUGCAAGUCGGCUCAAAAAGAGGAAAAAUGCGGGCGGGCUUACAGCUGGCAGCGUCCCUGCGCCAAAGCGGCAAAAGAAAUCAUCCAAGCCUAUUUCUACGCCCAGCGGUACGCGUGAAGCGAGCCACAAAGAUGUGAGAAAAAAAGAUAUCACAGAUGAUGAGAACGCUCGUAUCUCACGGUUGAACAGCGAGACUAUUGCCAUUCAAAACGAAGCCGACUGCAUCCAGGCCCAGCAGAACGAGAAUGAAACACGACUGAAAAUGUUGAACUCCUCGCGAGAAUUACUUCAACGAGAGCUCAACACCGCACAGACAGACUUGACUAGAAUCCGCCACGAUAUAAAGGACAACACGCUUAUCCGACAGUCUAUCCUCCGAAUCAUCCAGCGCAGAACCACUGAAGAUGUUGAUGGCUGGAAUGUCGCCCUCGAACGCUGUGACAAGUCUUUGAAGAUAUUUCAGGAUGACUCGAAAAAGACUAACAAUCUCUUGAACAAAAAGAAGCAAGACCUGAGGAAUGUUGAUGAGAUGGUUGUUUUGGCGAACCGAGCGACAGAGAAAUGUGCUGAACAGGCCAAGAAAUUGGCUGCGCAACUGGAUGAAUUGACUCGUAGGAAAAUGGGUUCUGAUGUCCUAUAA